AUGGUUAGAUCAUGUGGUAGAGGCGAUAUAUCAAAAGGUAGAGGUGAAUCCUCUCGAGGCAGAGGAAAAGGCACUCACCCUCUAGGAGUGCAAUCGAAGCCUAUUACUAAAAAGCCGACCACCAGGAGAGGAAGGGCCACAGAGCCCUUAGAAUCCAGUUCCUAUGCCCCAUCCAGGGAAGCCUCCGAGGGUUAUUCAAUGGAGGUCCAACCUGAGGCCCAGGGUUCUGAUGUGGGAAGCGAGGGUUCCGAGCCCUCCUCUACACCUACUCCUUCGGCACUGGUAGCUAUUGAUGUCGUUGAUGAUGAUGUCCCGUAUGAUGGUAGAGGGGGGACACUCAAGUGGGCGGCCUUGAGAGGUCGAAAAAAAGGAAAUAUGGGAGGAUCGGUUCGUGAGCUUGAUAGCCUUCAACAGGUUUCGGGAAUUAUAGCCCCAGAGCCAUCAGUGGUGGAUUCCGAGGCUGCUGCUGAGCCAUCUACAGCUCCCAUGCCUUCCAUAACAGCCGGGCCUUCCACCGGGACAGCAGCCGUGCCACCACCUUCAUCUUCUAAGCCAUCAGUUGCAGUACCAGUGCCAGCCUCAUCCACUUAUCCUCUCACUGCUCUUACUAUUGUAGCGCAUUCCUCUACCCCAGUAGCACCACAAGUUCCUCUGUCAGUGGAGGAAACAUUAAAGAAGAUUCUGAACAACCAGAAGACUAUUAUAGAUACAUUAGUGGCUUACGGGGGUGUUAUUGAGGAGUUAACCAAGUAG